AUGCUUUCUCUACUGUCCGGCUCCAAUACCCCACAAUCUGGACGACACUCUCCUGUUAACAGCCCCAACGGAGCUACAAUGCCUGCCGAGACGAAUGGACACCAUGCGCCAAACACUGGUAAUCAGCAAUCUCCCUGCCGUCGACGCAUCGUCGUAGCUGUUACUGGCGCUACAGGAGCCCAGCUCGCGGUGCAAUGCCUCAUUGCUUUAAGAAAAUUGAAUGUUGAGACACAUCUGGUCAUGUCAAAAUGGGGAGAGGCCACAAUCAAAUACGAGACUGAUUAUCAUCCCUCGAACAUCAAGGCUUUAGCCGACCAUUGCCAUUCUAUUAACGAUAUGGCCGCUCCUAUCUCAAGUGGCUCGUUCAAGGCUGAUGGUAUGAUCGUCGUACCGUGCAGUAUGAAAACGCUUGCAUCAAUUCACGCGGGGUUUUGCGACGACCUAAUUUCGCGAACGGCUGAUGUUAUGCUCAAAGAGCGUCGUCGACUUGUGCUUGUAGCUCGGGAGACACCCUUGAGCGAAAUUCAUUUGCGAAAUAUGUUGGAGGUUACUCGAGCUGGCGCCAUCAUCUUCCCACCGGUACCGGCUUACUAUAUUCGAGCGGGCUCGGUGGAAGAACUGAUAGACCAGUCCGUGGGCCGUAUUUUAGACCUAUUUGACCUCGAUACUCAAUCAUUCCAGCGGUGGGAGGGAUGGGCAAAGUGA